GCCGAGUUGCACUGAAUUGCCGAGGUUUCCCCAAAGGGAAGUGUCACCACGUGAUGACUGCGUUAUCCGACGACGAAACGAAAAAUCGGGAUUUAGCAAUGUACAGUAACAAAACAUUGUGUAAACUCAACUCAACGCCCCCUCCCCAGGCCCUAUUCCUUACAUCUCAACAACACAAUGUUUCCCACAGCCGUCUCUUGUCCAGUCAUCGGAGGUCGCGUUGUUUGACAAAAUUCUCAUUCGCGAUGGCUGCAGUCGAAGAUCUCUCUGAAACCCGGUACAGAUAUGCGUCACUUCCCUCCGGAACUCACAGCCUUCGAUUGCUCACAUUGCUGUCUCACUCUGGGAGCCGUGACAUAGUUUGCGAACUGACGACACACCUGUGGGAUCCAGAGACUGGGAUCAUUGGUGAUCCCGUUCCUCAAAUUGAUGGUUUUGUUGUCGAUGAAGUACCAGGAUCUGAGGCCGAGAAAAACUUGCUUGAAGGCUCGCGGCACAUUGCAGUAGUCGAGUUCCCUGACCUGGCCACCAACGAAGACGAGUCCGAGGAGAACGGCGGCAAUGCCACUCCUGCCAUUGCAUAUGAAGCUCUGUCCUACACCUGGGGCGACGACCACGAUCCACAAGAAAUUACGCUCGACGGUAGACUGCACGAAGUGUAUAGAAAUCUUUGGGACGCUCUCUACUUCCUGCAGGAGGAUUCUCCCAGAACAAUAUGGAUAGAUGCUUUGUGCAUCGAUCAAUCGAACAUCGCCGAGAGGAAUGCCCAAGUGGAGAAAAUGCAUCUCAUAUAUAAACACGCAAGUAGUGUGGUUGUGUUUCUCGGUGUACCUGAGGAAGAUAGUGAUCUAGCCUUCAACUUCAUGGUGCAGAUUUACGACUAUGUCAGACAGGGUCAAGAGAUUGGUGAAGACGACCUUGGAUUUAUCCCUGACUUCGUAGAAACAGGUCCUCUCGUGGUUCGGAAGCAUGUCCGCUCCUGGUUAGCAAUUCACGAACUGAUGAGAGGUCCAUGGUGGCGGAGAGCUUGGACUCUUCAGGAAUUAUUAAUGUCGAAGAAGGCAACUUUUGUAUGCGGACCACAUUCAACGUCCUGGCCUGUCCUAAAAAUUGUUGUUCAGGUAGUCCGUGAAACUUCUAACGAAGUUGAGCAACUUAUCAACUCCACAUUCGAAGGACAUUUGUUGAGACCGUACAAGUUCUCAGACCAAGCCCAAUUCCACGCCUUCAGCAUGCACGCAGCUUACCACUUCAAACGGUUUAUGGAUACAAAUCGGAUGCCGCCUAGCAGAGCAAUCUUAUUCUUUCUUGAGGCAAGUCAAAAGCGUCUUUGUAAAUUUCCACACGACAAAAUUUACUCCAUACUUGGCAUUCUGCCAUCUGAAGUUUACUCCGCAAUGCCAAAACCUGAUUAUGGCCAGUCAAUACACCAGGCCUAUCAGCAGAUUGCUCAAGCUUAUGUCGAUUUUACGAGAAGCCUAGAUAUCAUCUGCGAGUCUCAGCACUCUGAUACGCAAGAUGCUUUGCUGCCAUCGUGGACCCCAGAUUGGAGACGAGGCAGACGAAUGAGAACCAUAUAUAGUCUUCAUUAUGACCUUUCAGAAUUUGAGUGGCACUCCGACAGGAUCCAAAAAUAUCCUCCGACGUUUGAUCCGAACUGUAGGACAGUCUAUGUCCAUGGGUUGCACCUUGGCAUUGUUCAGCGCACUCAGCUUGAGCUCGCAUUACCACAAAUUAGCAAGCAAUCAAAAGAUGUGGACGACAACAGUGAUCGCAGUUUUCGCUUGAUUACAUGGAAUUUCGGCGAUGAUGGGAAUGACUUUAUUCGAGUGGGUCGACACUCUAGCCUUCGAUCCUGCCUCGCCUCGCCCGGCCAUGAAGAAGCUGCGAACGUUCUACUGGGAGUUCUCCAUUCGAAGUUAAACGAAGACUUAACCAGACCAACUCAAUCGGUGUUGCGUCCCACAAACGUUAUCCAAAGAACUAACAGUCUCAACCAUGAAUUCAGAAGCACUCUCGAUGAUUUGAAGGUGAUAACACAGUGUCGCACGGUCAUUAAGACUGAUUCGUUGCUACUUUGUCUAGCUCCGUUCUGGGUGGAAGCAGGUGAUAUUGUCUGCCAGUUCAUCGGAUGCACCUCACCGACGAUUCUUCGGCCAAACGAUGCUGGUGGUUACCGGUUCAUUGGUGAAUGCUACAUCUAUGGCACACCGGCAAAAGAAAUGAUAAAGCUACUAGAAGAACUGAUAGAGAAUGCUCCAGAUCAGUUACAGAGAUUCGAUAUACGGUGAACUUCACCAUCGAGGCUUUAUUUUGACAGAUGUCUGGACCGGAAUCUUACCAGAUUGUAUCAUGCUAGUGCUUGGCUUUCCAUCGGUGUUUAAGAGACCCACGAUGGAAAGAACACAGAGAAUGGCGGACUGUGAGAGGUGAUAAUGAAUCUAGACAACAGCUCAACGCAACGAAAGCAACGCAGGAAAGCCCAUCAAGCCAUCGUCUGUCGAGUCGGGGUUCGAAACCCACCUAUCUACAAACCCCAAAGGUCAUCCGGAAGCUUUUG